AUGGUCUCGCUCUCAAUGAUAAAUAGAUUCGUAUCUAACCUAUUUUAUCACCACGCAAAGUUUUGCGCUUCUCAUUAUAUCUCCGUAAUUAUUCUUUCAAUCCUUGUAGUUUUGCCAUUAUGUUAUCCUGCAUUCGACUUGUAUUGUCUAAACCUUUCAAAAGUUAAAAAUCAGCCUUUCUUCUGGGAAGAAUCUUCUUCGUCCAGUUCAGCUGUUACGAAACACAUCUCUUUGGAAAAACGUGAAACGCAGCCUUCAUUUCGUGUGCAGCAGGUUAUAGUUCAAACUACUAGUUUGAAGAAUUAUAAUAAUCAUGGUGUAUUGAAUAAAGACCUAUUACUUUGGACUAUGAAUCUGCACAAUAAAAUUGCAAAUACUAUUGUAGUACUUCCUAAUGAUCCCUCUGGUUCCAAUUCUUUUCCCAAAGAGUAUACUCUUCUGGAUUUUUGUUUAAAACCCUCUGGAAGUAACGAUUGCUUAAUUCAUUCCCCACUUGAUUAUUGGUCAUAUGAUUCAGAAAAACUUUCAAAUGAUUUUUCUAUCCUAACAACUCUAUCGCAAUUUAAUUCAACUUCAUCUUUCGGGAUACCAAUGCCUUUAAGUUCCGUUUUCGGUAAUCCUAUAAUUGAGAAAAAGCAAGGAAAAAUUAUUAGUGCGGAUUCAAUAAUUUUAACUUAUUUUCUGGAAGAUUCUACUAGAGACCAAAUUGUUAAUUCUUGGGAUAUGCUUUGGGAUCAAGUAAUUAAUAAUAUAGAUACAAAAUGUAAUAUUGGUGGUAACCAAAUUAAAGGAAUAAAUAUAACUACUAAAGGAGAUUUAAAACAUUUUUAUUUAGAGUUUAACAAGGUUAAAUCCACGAAAUUUACUGAUGAUUUCAUCUUUCUGGCGAUACAAUAUUUCAUGGUUUUACUUUAUAUUUUGCUUUCCCUCAAUCGUCUUAAUUCAGUCAAAUCAAAGAUUGGGUUGACUUUUUCAAUGGUGGCACAAUUAUGUGCUUCUUUGGUUAUUUCAGUUAGUAUAUGUUCUUUAUGUGGAUUUGCCUUAAACCAUGUGUCUUGGCGAUUUUUACCUCUUGUGCUUAUCAUUGUUGGCGUUGAAAAAAAUUUUGAAUUGACUAAUGCAGUCACGUCAAUUCCUGGGCAAUUGCCAGUUGAAGAACGUAUCGGUAAAGGUCUUGAGAAAGCUGGAUAUUCCAUAACAAAAACUCUCUUUACCGGUCUCAUUAUAUCGUUUAUAAGUUCUGCCAUUGGCAUUGAUUCGGUUCAAGAAUUUUGUAUUUUUAUUUCUGUAGCGAUGAUCAUAGAUUACAUGUUACAGAUGUCAUUUUUUAUAACAGUUUUGACAAUUGAUCUUCAUAGAUUGGGACACGAGUUGUCCACUUUAUACAAUCGUAAAAUUUCUAGUCCAAUAGAAACAAUAAAUAAUUCUCGAAACAUUCGCAAUUCAAAAUUUAACUCUUGCAUUGAUAGCGUUAAUAAGAACUCAAAAACGGUCAACAAUGGUAGUAGAAUUUCAAGUUCUUUAACGAUUCUCUUAAUAAUUGUUCCCAUUACCAUGACAAUUGUUCAUAAUUUAAAUUUCGAUUUCGUCACUCUUAAGUCCUUACUUCCUGGUUACAACCUGGAUACCAGAUCUCAGUCUGCAAGUGCCAAAACAAAUAUCAUAUUCUGGGGAACAUCAUCCAUAACAGAAAACGAAUUUUGGCGUAUUUUGAAUCCUUCGAAUGAAGAUCAAUAUGCUGAAAUUCGUCCUGCAAAGUAUUUAACUUUAUUGUCCGAUAAGAAUAUAAGCGAAUAUAACACUUCAAGAAAUGUACCGUCAUCUCAAGCAGACUGGAAAUUAAUUGCAAGGACUAUCUUACAGAAUGUUAUAUGGUUCCUUAAAUUUGUGAUGCCUGUUGGAAUCGCAACAUUAUACUUAAUCAGUUAUUUGGUUCCUUCAGAUUUAAUGUAUAGAGAUGAUAAAUUAAGAAAUAACAUGGAUAAUAUUUUAGUUUUAUCUUCAACAUUUCGUGGUGAAACUCGGUCGAUCAUUGCAAUUCCAAAAGUUAUAACCUUACGUGGUCGUCAUUCAGCAGAUGUUGACUUAUUAUGUGCAAAUUCUGAUGGUAUGAUUAUUUCUACUGCUACUGACAAACAUAUAACAUCAUGGGAUGGAAAGCAAGGAAUAUAUUUGAAGAAACUUGAAAGAUAUAUGCGUCGUUGUGAAUCAUGUAAAUGUCGUAUUACAGGUGGAAUGAAAAAAUGCAUAUCUUGGCCAGUUAGGACCAUGUGUAUGAAUGAAAAAGUUGGUUGGGCCGCAGCUGGAUUUGAAGAUGGUGUAAUUAGAGUUUGGGACAUUCACUCCGGUCAGAUCACAUACAUAUUAAAAGAUACUGUUGAAGAUGUAGAAUCGGUGAUAUCAGUAAUGACCAGGAAUUCAAUUAGAGAACGUGUUACCUGUUUACAAAUUGUUGUACCAAAUUCAUAUCCAAAAACAAGUUUUUCAAAUAACGAACCCGGAUAUCAUACUAAUUUUAAGUCAAAUUCAAAUGAUAAAGCACCCGCGAUGCUUCUUGCUGCCUACAGAAGUGGACAUUUUCGCGAAUGGGACAUUGUUUCUGGUCAGAUUGUUCAUACAAUUGCUACAAAUCAAAAAGGAGGCAUAAGUUAUCUAUUUGUUGUUGAAGGUAAACAAAAUUAUGAUCAAGAUGAUUUACGAAUAUAUACUGGUGCACGAGAUGGAUCUGUCAAAUGUUGGAUUCGUACUAUUUAUCAUUCGGAAGAUGAAUCAAAAUCUUCUUCUUCGGACCCUAGCGAGUCACCUAAAAGUCGAUGGAAAUCAUUUUAUACGAUUCCUGGGGAAUUGAAUAAUGUCAUUACUUGCAUUGCCGCCAAAGUUAUAAAAACCCGAAAUAAUAGUCUUGGAAUAUUAGUAACUGGUGCAUCUGAUGGAGAAGUAAGAGUAUAUGAUUAUUCUUCAGGAAAACAUAUUGUUACAUUAAGUCAAGGAACAACUGGAAAACAACGCGCAAAAGAACAUAAACAACAAUUAUUACAGGAACGAUUAUUACAACGACGAAUAAUUAAAAAUCAACAACAAUUUAUCCAGUCAAACGGUCAACAACAUAAUAUUAAGUCAUCCAGUCAGCAGCAAUUUAUUCGGUCAAAUGAAGAGACGGACGACGAUAGUGAUCUUCCACAUCAUCAAGAUGCUAUUACAAACAUUAUUAUCCAUCCUCUGAAGGAACAAAGCUGUCCAUGUGGAAAUGCCGAGGGAACGGGCGGUUUUACCAUAGUAACUUCGUCCACAGACGAAAAAGUACGUGUAUGGCAACUAACAAGAGAUUUUAUGGAUUGUACAUGCAUGGCGUUAAAAAUAGGAAAAAAUAAUCUUUCACAAGUGCGUAAUAAUACAGGUCAGCUUCAUCGACAAGUAGCACAAUGGAACGGAGUAGUAUCUUAUCAAACUAAAUAUGUUGGAUGUGUCAGCCAAUCCGGGGGUUCAGCCAUUGUGUUACUUCGAGAAAAUAUAAUUGGUGUUCGACACAUUAAACCUUCAUCGACUAAAUCAAAACAAGUUCCUAAAAGAUGUCAUGGUGCAGAAGGUGAAUGGGAAUUAUGGGUAUUAGAUAUUAAUGAUCCACAUGUAAUUGAAGAAAAGGAAGAACAUAAAAAUUCAGAUGAUGAUGAUGAAGUCGAAUUAAACCGUACAGGAAAAAUAAAUACAUUUUCUCGAAGAAAUGGAUCAACCAAUUCUAAUAACAGUACAUUUCCUAGUCAAGUUGUUGAUUUUCGGCAGAGUGGUCUUAGACGACGUGCUAGUGUCUUACAUAGGGUAUACCCUAAUAAUAUUAUCAAUGAUCAACAGUUGGCAAUACUCAACGAGGAAGAUGAAAUGAAUGAAAUAUUACCAUUCGCUUACGUACGACAAGCGGUUAAAGUUGGAGAUGAUGGGGUGGCUAUUGCUUAUGGCAAUUUUAUAAAAUAUAUACAAUUUGAAGAAAUGAAUGAUGAAAAAAAAUGA